AUGUCGUUCGAUUCCCCCUCCGCCUCCAACCCGUCCCUCACCACCUCCGCCUACAUGGUCUCCUCCCAAGACCACUACACCUCCGAAGAAGAUGACGUUGCCUCACUUCCCUCCGAAUCCACCACCGCUUCUGAACUUGAUACCCUCUCGGACGACUACUACUCCGACGCUGAGGAAGAAUGGCGCGAAAGCAUCGAACAAUUGGAACUCCUCCUGACCAUGGUCCUGGUACCCUUCGUGGGGAAAUACCUAGGGCGGAAGUGCGCCUACUGGGGCUGGACGAGAUUCAUGGAGUGGAAGUAUCCCAUAGAUGUGGUGUUGAGCAACAAUCAAGUGGCCUACAAGAGAUCCGGUGCCUUGGCUUCGCUGUGA